AUGAUUUGGAAACGCCAAAAUGAAGUUUCUCACAAGUUGAAAACAAGAAUUGUGUCAAACGAUGUAAGGAAAGGAAAUAAAACGGUAUCUCGAGGCAUAAGGAACGGUUGUCUGCUUUUUUGGAGCCUAAAUAUACUAGAGGUGACUAUUAUGUCUAAAGGUAAGCGUGGCAUUAAUUUGAAACUGGCCUUGUUGAUCUGUGUUCCGGCACUUAUCAUUGCUAUAAUGCUGGUGAGGUUUUUGAACAACUCAAAGGCUGCAGAUCUACAGAAUCUUUUGCAGAACCUUAAUAAGGAGAUUAGUCAGAGCAUCAACACAGCUGCAUCGAAUCAAAAGAGCGAAGCCGAUCUGUUACAACAUUUUGAACAAUUGGCUAAUGAAAUCAAGAGUAAACAAGAAGAUCAAGCCAGGCAAUUUGAGAGGCAACGCCGCAUAUUGGAAAAAAAGAUCCAAAACUUAAAAGAGACACCUCUUCAAGGUACACUGCGUGAAAGAUUAGCAUACACGUUUGAAUAUGAUGGAAAUCACAAGUUUCCGGCUUUUAUCUGGCAAACUAAGUCAUCGAUCGAAAGCGAAUCUGUCAAAACACAUGAACAGGAAGCGCAAUGGAGAGAAAAAAACCCAGGUUUUGUGCACGAAGUCACAAACGAUGAUAUGGCUAACGCCUUGGUGCAUUAUUUCUACGGCUCCAUUCCAGAAGUGAUCGAAGCAUAUGACGCUUUGCCGUCUAAAAUUUUAAAAAUCGAUUUUUUCAAAUACCUUGUCUUAUUGGCUCGUGGUGGUGUAUACGCCGACGUGGACACUGCUCCAAUACAAGCGAUACCCAAUUGGAUUCCUGAAAACGUAGAGCCUCAUAGGAUUGGACUGAUACUUGGAAUAGAGCACGACGCAAGUGCUCCUGAUUGGAAAUCUCGAUUUGUAAGAAGGUUGCAAUUUUCGACCUGGAUAAUCCAGGCGAAGGCAGGCCAUCCAGUUCUAAGAGAAAUAGUUGCUCAGAUAACCGAAAAGACCCUUGAACGUCAAAAGGAUCAAGACUCAAACGUCAAUUUAAGAAACGAUUUGACCAUUAUGUCAUGGACAGGUUCUGGACUUUGGACAGAUGUCAUAUUUACUUACCUCAACGAUUACAUGAGGAGUGGAAUAACAGAAAAGACCACUUGGAAAGAUUUCCAAGACUUACGUGUUCCUAAAUUAAUCAGUGAUAUCCUUGUCUUCCCAUCUUAUUCCUUUAAUGCGCCUUCUGAAAUAAAAAACAAUGAUGCAUGGAAAAAUCUCUAUUUCGCAUCUCACAAAGGCAAAAAGUCUUGGAAGGCAGUGCCAAAAGUCGAGGGUAACUGA